UUAUGAAUUUCAAAUUCUGCUUGUUUUUACUCUCACUAUUGAUGGCGAGCGUGCUGGGACUACCGCCACUACCACCUCUACCAACACCAGAAGCUCCUACAAUCACUGAAUAUCCACCCUGCACGCCUUGGUGUGCCGGUCAGCCCCCACCGCCGCCUGGUGCCGUAAACUAAACAAAUACCCGCUAGCGCUCGCAAUUAUUUUGUGCCAUUUGCUGA